UUUGUUUUAAUAUUCAGAACACUGUGUUGCCCGUCUACCUCAGUUUUAUUGUAAAGUUUAGUGUAGUAAGUCUAUUUGAAAAAUCUAAAGUAAAAAAAUUCAGUAUAUUAUUGGAACUCGGAUGACUAGUUCCUCCACAAGAGAAAGCCCAGACAGACCGUACAAGUUUAGACAUCAAGAUGGGACCCAAGAAAAAGUCCGUAGCUUUAGCUAUUGCAGAACCUAAGCCGGAAGACCAGCCACCUGAAAAGAAAGCCCCGCCGAAGAAAGAGCCCAUUCCCAUAUUCGUAUUCGAUGUCAUAGUCACCCAUUUGGAGGCCAACAACACCCAGUUCACGAAUCCGGCCAACCUCGAAGUCACUGCAAACUUCCUCAAAAAUCCCCUUCUCCUCACAAAGAGUCAGAUAAAUGUCAGCGAUUUUAAGCCCAAUGCGGGUCUCUCCCUUCAAAAGGACCCCAAAGAGGUUCGGAAGACUGUAAAUGAGUGUGGGAUAGCCUUCAGCGUGGUGUACAGCAAGAAGGUGAUUGGCUCUGGUCAGGCAUCGUUCCCCUCCAGCGUGGUGGACUCAAUCGAAAAGGACAUGACCGAUAUCCUUCACUCGGACGUCAUUGACUUGGCUGCCGGCGGCGUGGUGACCGGCAAACUGGAGUUCCUUUGCCGGCUGGUCGUCAUGUGCAUAGCAGAUGAGCCUGAAGCCGAGUGCUCGCGUAACGUGGACAGGAGCAUCAAUGCACAGGAUAUUAUGUUCGUGAUGGGCGAGUCGCAGGUGUGUCCUAGUGCCUGUGAGCCCUGUGAAAAUAAUUUGGAGGAGGAGGAAGGCGACGAGCGGCUCAGACUGGACCUGGAUCGAUAUCGGAGCCAGGGUGGUGGUAUAAAGCCAUACAAGAUGAUGACGGAGAACGGAUCUGGAAUACCAGCAUGUUGCGAACUUAAGAAAAUGGCUAUCGAGUACGAGCGGAUGAUCGAUUCCAUUACCAAACAGACGGGCAUGCCGCCUCCCAAGCCUCCGUGUCGUAAUCCCGACGAGGCGAACAACUUUGGCAUGAAUCCCUGUUGGUGUCAGCCUGAACUUCCUCAGUUUCUUGAGCUGCCCGAGAAACCGGACAAGCCGUGCUUUGUUUACCUGCCCGCCACCCAAGAUCACGAGCCGGACUUUUGCGAGAAGAACCUGAUGCCGGUUCCCAUUGCCGACUGCGAUGGCCAGAAGCCGGACAUCAAACCCAUCCGCUUCUGUCCGGUCUGUCUGACCAAUAUGUCGUGGCUGCCGAAGUUUGCGGCGUGCCCGAAGUGUGGGAUCAAGCCGAUGCCCGUGGUGGAGGAUAGGCACAAGGUGAAGAAGGUAUCGGCGGACCAGAUCCUGCUCGAGUACUUGGGCAAAGGACCGUCCACCGUGGAGGACUACUGCCUGGAUCCCUGUGAAAAGGCCGAGAAGGAGAGAACCGCCGAGGAUGAGUGUCCACCAUGUCGCUGCAGCUGCAAGUUCGGCAAAAUGUGCGCCCACUGUCGCAUCCGAAAGAUGUGCGCCGAUAUAUUCAAGAGCGAUCAGAUAGCACCCAAAUGCCCAAAAGUGGAGCCGAAGGAAUCGGAGGACUACUGUGUGGUAAACAAGAGCUCCGAGGACUGCAGACCCUAUCUGGCCAAAGUUUUCUCCGAGCUGCGCGAUCUCUACGAUAUUAAGGACACCAAAAAGUUGUCCGAACUGGACGAGAACUGUGAUCGAGCGGUGCCCAAAACGGAGACGACUGGCAAACCUGAACCAAAGAAGGAGAUCCAAGGGCCCAAGAAACCUCCUUACAUACCGCCCAACAACAAGGGUCAGAUCUCCAGCAGACACAAGCGAUGUGUCCUUCAAUCGGGAUUUGUGCCCCGACAACAUGGUUGGGCCUGGAGCAACAGCUGGGAGGCCAAGAAGCUGGGCUGGCGUCCGGGUGCCAUCCGCAAGCCCAUCAAGAAACUGAUGAAGUUCUUCCUGGAGCAACCUGCCCGAGAGAAUGCCUUCGCCAAAUGCAAGGACACGGAGACGUUGGAGCGGGAAACGGAGCUGGCCUCGCCGGUAUUAAAUAUCUGCAAGAAGAACGGCGAGAUCUUCAUCACCCUGCGUCCUCUCACUCCCUUGGGUAUGCGCCAGAAGCCCAUCACUUUCCGGAUUGUGAAGAGCGAACUGGCAGUAGCCCUGCGCGAGAUCAAGAGAAAGCUGAAGGAUAAGGGCUUCCGCAAGUGCACGUGUCACCAAACAUUGAUGAUGUGCCAUUGCAGGGAAGCCACCGAAAAGGUACAUCUGCAGAGGGCCUUGAACAGGGAGUGCCGACGCCAUUGCAUUCCGCCAGCUGGCGACCAUCUGGUGCUCACAGAUACCAGCGAAAGCGACAUGGAGUUCGACUUUGAUGUCACUCCGCCAGCAGGAACGGAGCAGCCAUGCCAGCCGCCUCUGCCAGACACCGUUAACCAUGGCACCCAAACAUCCAAGAAAGACCAGAUGCCGCUUCCUCCAAAGUAUCCCAUCAAAAUUCCUCCAUAUUACAGAGGUUUCGACUGUGCCGUGGGCGAUCGUUACAUGGGAACUGCAUUCGGAUGGCCGGGUGAAAUGGUCUUCGAGGAUGGCGUCUUUGGGAUGCUGGGUGGCGGUCCACAUGGCCCCAAUCCAAUGCCCUGCGGCAGACCUCGAGUGCCAGGAGCUUGGGGAGGUGGCGCGGGAAUGGAUGGCGGUAUUGGAGGUGCCGGAGGACUUGGUGGAGCUGCAGGCGGCGGCGCACGAGGAGGCUUUGGUGGCGGAAGGCUGGGCAGAACCGGUGGACCCGGAGGACCCGGAGGAGCUGGGGGCGGCCCCGGCGGACCUGGAGGUGGUGCCUGGAAGGGCUUUCCUAGCGCUGCCGUUGGAAAAGCCCAAGGCGAAGGCAAAGGAAAGGGGGAAAAAUCUGAGCCUAUACCAGUACGCUAUCCAAAGAGAUUCCUCAAGCCCGCCGAGGAAGCAGCUAAGGCGGCCAAGCAGGCGGAGAAGGACGCUGUGGACGCGAAGAAGAAGGGCAUUAAUAUGAUCAAGUAUCUGCAGAAGAAGGGCACUCUCGUCCGCCCCUGGAAUCCGCAGGAGGGCAAGGACAAGAGACCUAAACGACCCAAAGGUGGAUUUGUCGGCGCCGAUGGUCUAAAAGACCAUGAAAGGAAGCGCAAAAUGCUCCUGGCCGUUCCACCAAUACCAAUCACUGAGAUGCCCCGCCGAGGAAAAGGACCUUGUGAUCCCUAUCGCAUGGAAAUUAUCUACUGAAUGGUCUUCAUUGUCUGCAUUCACUCCAAUGUCGCGAAAAAUUCGAAUGUGAUAUGCCUCGCAUUUUUUUAAUAUAC